AUGCCGCGAAGAGAAAAGGUUUCCGGAAGUUUCGACAUCACUUAUGACCCCGAGCGUUCGUUCGGAACUCGCCACGAGAACGGCACUUACACCGGCAUCAUCGGUCUUUUGCAGAGAGGGGAGGUGGACAUGGCCGCUUCCCCUGUGUUCGUGCGAUCGGACCGUUUCGAGGUGGUGAGGUACGGGCCCGUGAUAUACACCAGCGACUGCGCGCUUAUUGCUGUCGCCGGAGAGCCAUCCGUCAACGCGUUCGGAUACCUGUUCGUCUUCGACUGGCAGGCAUGGGCUGUCAUUAUCGCCUCGGUUCCGCUGAUGUCCACGGCACUCGCACUCGUCGAAAGGCGGAGGCCUGGAAGUCGCAACAGCUUCCUGCUGGAGGCCUACGACAAUACCUGGGACAUCCUCUCCACUUUUGCCAAUAAAGGACACACGGCGAACACAGAGAGCUGCGCCGGCCGGCUACUGCUGUCGUUCUGGUGGCUGCUAGUGCUCGUGCUCACAAACGAAUUCGCGGGCCACCUCAUGGCCAGCAUAGCCAUAAGGAGCGAGCCACCAAGAUUGCGCUCUGUGGCGGAUGUCGCGUACCAGACCUCCAUACGGCCGCUGAUAUGGAAGGACACGGCGUUCGAUACAUACGUGCGGAAAUCACCAAAGCCAGCGCUGCGCGCACUGACCCGACUGGCACUUCGCAAUCGCGGAUUCGUGUCCCUGGACGAACUCUACUCCGAAGCUUCCCUGGAGCAGUUGUACAGCGGUCGCGCUGUCUUAAUCAACGACAAAACCGGUAGCAUGCACACGCUUGCCAAGCGCUGCCGCCUUACCGGAGGAAGGCUGUACGUGGCGCCGGAGCUGCUCUUCACAACUUUCAGCACUAUCGCGUACUCGAAGCAGCUGUCCGCAGAACUGCAGGAGAGGAUCCAGGAGAAGUAA